UUGAUGGCGAGAGCAUUACUUGAGGGUAGAAAGUAGAAAUUCUGCGGGAAAUUGUAAUGACGGAAGAGGGGGUUUUAGUCUUCGUUGAUGACGUCGUGCAAGUCGCGUGAGUACGCGUACAACGUUGAAAUCGCGUCCAUGUUCGAUUCGUCAACUUUUCUCAGCAACUUUCCUCGCUUGGGCGCGUUUGAAGACACACGUCUCACAGUUGAUUCAUCGUAGUUAGGAGUUGAUUUUUAACACGUUAUAUCUAAGACAUCAGAACAUCCGAGGAACUCGUGGUGUUGAAGCAACAUGCCUGAGCUCGCCGAAGUAUCGCGUAUCGUACACUAUCUAAAGAAACAUGCAGUCGGCAGGACGAUAGAAGCCGUCAAGGCCCAAGAAGACGAUAUUAUCUUUGGCAAAGUCGGAACCUCAGCAUCCGCUAUCAAGAACUCUCUGACAGGCAAGAAAAUUCUCGAUGCCCGCCAACAAGGAAAAUACUUCUGGCUCGUCAUGGAAUCUGCCCCACAUCCUCUGAUGCAUUUUGGUAUGGCCGGCUGGAUGAAGUUCAGCAACGAUGACAACGCACAUUACCGACCCCCUAAGCCUGAGCAAGCAGAAUGGCCGCCCCGAUUCUGGAAGUUUGUGCUCCAGCUGAAGGGGGAGCCGAAGUGUGAAGUGGCGUUCGUUGAUGCGAGGAGGUUGGCGAGGGUUAGAUUGGUGGAUGCGGAGGCAGAUCAGAUGAGGAAGACGUCACCGCUGAAAGAGAAUGGACCAGAUCCGGUGCUCGACAAAGACAUUUUGACUGCGGAGUGGUUGGGGAAGAAGAUGAGGGGUAAAAAAGUUCCGGUCAAGGCGUUCCUUCUCAAUCAAGCAUCUGUCGCGGGUCUUGGCAACUGGCUAGUAGAUGAAAUCAUGUACCAAGCAAGACUCCACCCAGAGCAGUACAGCAAUACUUUCAGCGACGAACAGAUCGAACGACUCCACAAAACGAUAAUGUACGUCUGCGAUACGGCUGUCGAGGUCCUUGCAGAUUCGGAUCGAUUCCCAGAGGACUGGUUGAUGAAGCACCGAUGGGGCAAAGGGAAGAAGGAAGCCCAAAAGCUACCAAAUGGGGAGAAAAUCACGUUUCUGAAGGUUGGCGGACGGACAUCAGCAAUUGUACCAAGCGUACAAAAGAAGACGGCAGCUGUUGCAGGGGAUGUGUCUGAGGGCGCCGAAGAUGACGAGGAGGCCAAGCCAAAGCGAGGCGGAAAGAGGAAGACCAAGACUGCUAAGGAAGAGGAGGAUGAGGAUGAUGAGGUAGAGGUCAAGACAUCUGCAAAACCAAAGCGAGGGAAAAAGAAGGCCGACGAAGAGGUCAAGAAGGAAGCUGAAGACGUAGAUGAAGGAGAGAGUUUACCAGCUACCAAAAAGCAGAAGACGGCUACGAAUGGUGCCGUCAAGAAGAGUAAGAAGACGAAGACGGAGGCAGUACAAGUCAAGAGCGAAGACACGACUGUGAGACGUAGAUCUGGCCGUCUAACGAAGUGAUUAAUUUGUUGCUUGUUCUGUUCGGCAGAAGCAUAGAAUAGGAAUAUUGCGUGUUCAAACUUACACAUCAA